GACUAUUAAACGAAGUCCUUCGGCUUCUGACAGCGCUUCCACCGGGUGCCUUCGUCGGAGUUUUGCCGCGCGGAAGAGAAGGAUUAACGUAGAAAAAGGACGCUUGCUUCUAAUGGAAUGAUGAGCUCGGCAGUUAUUGAAGUGCAAUCGCCAACAGUAGUGGCAAUCAUGUUAUUUCGUGGAAAACCGAGGGCUAGAGUUUUCGUUGCAGGAUAAUGAGAUGAGAAACAAGAGGCAUAUAUUGGUAAUUCCUGUGUGUUGUUGGAGGAGAGGGGCUAUGAUGACGGCGAUUUCCAUUCCAGUUCCUGCGAAGUUUCAUUCGCUGAGAAAUUGGGGUUCCCUCCUCUCAAGUAAAAGACGUGUUUACUUGAAGCCUAUGCAUUGCGCGUCCGUUCAGCAAGUCCAACAACAGGUUGAUGCACCAGGAAUUAUGUGUGAACCUUGCAAUGGAAAAGGAUGGUUAAUAUGUGACUUUUGUAAAGGACAGAAAACAAAUGUUAAAGCUGAAAACAAGAGGAUCUACCGUAGAUGCCCAUCCUGCAAAGCUAUUGGAUAUAUAUUAUGUUCAAAGUGUAAGGUCUUCAAAUGUGUCACUUUUCCAAAUUACAAUGAUGGUGGAGAACUAGCUUUUUGAACCCGAGUCCUACAAUGUCAGAACAACCCCACAAAUCAGCAAGAUUCAUAGACUUUUCUUUACAAUUGCGUUUUGUAUGCUAAAAAGUGGAAGCGAUGGUUUGCUGUUUGAUUUUAUCCUCACCCUUCAUUAUUUUUGUCGGAUGUAAAUGAUAUGAUUCUGUCAAUAUGGAGUUGAAAGCUGGUUAUGCAUUCCUGACACGGUUUCCAAUGUAUACUCCUAAGUAGAGAACUUCAGCGCCUAUGCUUCCAAAGUUUAUAAAUUAGAUCCUUGUAUUCUUCAAAGUUUACAACUGGGAUUGACAGAUCCGUCGACAUCA